CCCAAAAACCGGGUCUGGUUCAUACCUCUUCAAAUUUGAAAAGCGCAGUAUCCAUUUUCAGGUGUGUGUUUUGCUGGGAGUCGAUUUGGCGCGUGGAUUAAAUAAAUAUUUUUCUAUUGGUAUUCUAUGUAAAGUUCUUUAAGUAGCACCAGGACAAGAAACGUUUAUUGCUCCAUGGCUUGCAUUGAUCAUUCGAGUGUACUUGACCGGCUCGAUAAGACUCUUAAACAGGUGCGGAGUAAGCUGCUGAAUCAGUGUAUUGAGGAGAUGUACAUCACAGAGAUAACAGAGCGAAAACAGGCUACAAAAAGUUAUAUGGGUACAUGUCAUUUUAAAUACAAAGAAGAUGAAUUGUUUGAGAGUGUUCAAACUUGCAGAAAUGAUAGCGAACACCAGCAUGUCUUUAUUACAGAGAAAACGAAUGAGAUGUCGAGAAUUCUUCUGGAUACGCAGGAUAAGGAAAAACAAAAAAAUGACCUGAUCGCAAGCAUUCAGCAUCUUAGAGAAGUGCAGGCCACAAAGAAGGAAUUGAUGAUUGGUCAGAACAAGGCAAACAAAGACAGAGUUAAGACGAUUCAGAAAUCUGCAGGAACAUUUGAGAGCAGGCUAAGGCUGGAAAUACGUAAACCGCAAGCUGAACAACUGCAGUUUGUAUUCAGAAACAUCAACCAUAAAGAUAUUGCGUGCCCAUAUACUUUCACCCUAUGGCUCAGUGCAGAAGGCGAAUAUACAGUAAUCUCGUGUGAUCCGCCAUUGGAGUGCAUGCCACAGCUUGAGAAAAAAGUACGAGAAACGAACAAUUUUUCUGCAUUUCUUGCCAACGUCAGAAAAGAAUUUGCUGCUUUAAAUUUGUAAACCUUUCUUACCAGCAGUGGUAAGUUGACAGAGCUUCAACGGAGAACCCUGUAAGAUUUGUCGUCAUUUUGGUUAAUGUUAACUCCCCUGUGAAUGACAAAGUACAGUAGCUACAAGGAAGACGUAAUUUACAAUUCGGGCUCCUUAUCCUUCAGUCUUCAAGUAGUUUUGUACAAAGAUGUUUGCUGUUGUUAACCCAACAGUUCUCUCUCUUUUAAAUAUUGUAAUAACUAAGACUGUAAUUCUAUGUUUAAUUGUUUAAAUACUUUAACCAUGUGUCUCAUUUAUUUUUAAAAAAACAAAGCAGACUUAGUCAUACUUCUAUUUUACUUUUGUGUUAUUCAGAUUUUCCAUUAUUUUAAAUUAUAGUGCUGUCCAAUACUAGAAAACAAGACACUUUGUGAAAUAAAUAUACAAACCAAAGUAAAUGGUUUUAUGAAA